AUGAGUGUAGAGGACGGGGGUCUGCCAGGCCUGGGCCGUCCCAGGCAGGCCCGCUGGAUCCUGAUGCUACUCCUGUCCACUGCUAUGUAUGGUGCCCAUGCCCCACUGCUGGCACUGUGCCAUGUGGACGGCCGAGUGCCCUUCCGGCCCUCCUCGGCUGUGCUGCUGACUGAGCUGACCAAGCUGCUGUUGUGCGCCUUCUCCCUGCUGGUGGGCUGGCAAGCAUGGCCCCAGGGGGCCCCACCCUGGCGCCAGGCUGUCCCCUUUGCAUUAUCAGCCCUCCUUUAUGGCGCUAACAAUAACCUGGUGAUCUACCUUCAACGUUACAUGGACCCCAGCACUUACCAGGUGCUAAGCAACCUGAAGAUUGGAAGCACAGCCCUGUUCUACUGCUUCUGCCUCCGGCAUCGCCUCUCCGCACGCCAGGGUUUAGCACUGCUGCUAUUGAUGGCAGCAGGGGCCUGCUAUGCAGCAGGUGGCCUCCAGAACCCCCGGAACACAUUUUCUGGGCCCCCUCCAGCAGCUGCUGCUGGCCCUAUGCCCCUGCAUAUCACCCCGCUGGGACUACUGCUCCUCGUCCUGUACUGCCUCAUCUCAGGCUUGUCAUCCGUAUACACAGAGAUGCUCAUGAAGCGACAACGGCUGCCCCUGGCACUUCAGAACCUCUUCCUCUACACUUUUGGUGUGCUUCUGAACCUAGGUCUGCACGCAGGCAGUGGCCCCGGCCCAGGCCUCCUGGAGGGUUUCUCGGGAUGGGCAGCACUCGUGGUGCUGAGUCAGGCACUAAACGGACUGCUCAUGUCGGCUGUCAUGAAGCAUGGCAGCAGUAUCACUCGCCUCUUUGUUGUGUCCUGCUCGCUGGUGGUCAACGCCGUGCUCUCAGCAGCCCUUCUACGGCUGCAGCUCACGGCCGCCUUCUUCCUGGCCACACUGCUCAUUGGCCUGGCUGUGCGCCUCUACUAUGGCAGCCGCUAGCCCUGACCACCUCCACCCUGACUCCUGACCCCCAUUCCUGACCCUGUAGAUUGGGUGCCACCAUCAGAGCUACUUCCCAGCCCUCUCCUCCCCUCACCAGCCCUGUAAUAAGUGCCUUGUGAGAAAAGCUGGGGAAGUGGGAGCAGCCAGGUCAGUCUCUGGAUGUGGGUGAAUGAAGGGAUAACCCCUGGGAGACUGGAAAAGUGAGUUUGGUUAAGAAAGCUCCUACCCACCCGCCACUCCGCCCCAAGUUCUUCCAGACUAAGUUGUUAGGGAAACAUCAAUAUCUAGGCCUGAGAAGAGACCCCAUCUCUGAUGGGGGAAGCUUCCUGAUUCAUCCUGUAUAGUGCAGUUGCUCAAAGGGUGCUCUGGGAAACAGGUAGCUUUCCUUGCCUACUGUUGUCACCCAGCAGACCCUAUGUUCCCGUGCCUGGUUCUGGCUGCUCCAGCCCAGCAUGGUGCAUGACUUCUCCAUGAGUGAUACUGUCCCCAACUCAUGCAGGAAUACCCAGUUGCCACAGAUUACACGACAGUCACCCAGGCCACUCUGCCGACUCCUCCUGCUCCAGCAGUACCUGGGUGACCUGCUCCCUCCACAGUGCUGCUCCCCAACCUAGCAUUUUUCCUGGAAACCCCAGAGAGGGCUGGGGCUUGACUCAUCUCAGGGAAUGUUGGCCCUGGGCCUUGGCUUAAGCCUACACUCCUGAUCUCUCUGCUCACCCCAAGGACCCUCUCGAAGCCCACUACCCCAUCUGGGUCCUGCUUCUACCUAGCAGUGUUCCAGCUCCCACCAGCCAGGAAGUUCUGGAGAGUGACCUGGGGCCAAAAAAAAAAAAAGGGGCCAGGCGUAGGGAAAUUCCUAUAGCUCAAUCAGUGUCUCUAACUGCGUAAGCAAUAAGGUCUUAAUAAAGUGUGCUGGGGUGUAGGGUGGUUCCUACAAUUGGC